CUUCAAGAAUCCGAAGAAAACGGUAAACACAAAAAUCGGCGCGCUCGUAUAUUGAUGGUGAUUUCCAAAGGCGUCUUACGUUGUACUUGCUGAAAAGCGCCAACGUUAGUGUCAUCCAUGUCUUGACGCUUAGCAACAAUCAGAGUGCCAAGUAAAGUCAAUUGCAGAUAACGUUCGUUUUGAGAAGCAAUUGGAAAAGACGAAUGAUAGUUCAGAGUGUGAGUCUGUGGGGCAGACGGCUUUAUAAAUUAGUCGAAAGUGCUGUGAUGUGGUUAUUUCGUACUGAAAUAUGUCUCUUCUUGUCAGUUUCCGGUAUUCUCUCUGCAUUUUGUGUGCUUGAAUCUUUUCUUCAUCCCGAUGAUGGUUCAGAAACACUGGAAAUAGUGACAUUGACCAAUGACACUGAUGCAGAUUCAAAGCUUAACAACAGUUUUCCCACAUCAGUUGAAAAUAUAUCUACAUUCAUAUCUCUUGUACUGGGACUUUUUGCGGUUCUUCUAGUACUUUGGAAAUUAGCUAUUAUUGUGUUCUUCGGUAGCUUGACUCCCUCUGAAAAGGUCUCGAUUUCCAAGUCUCUGUUCCGCUUUGUUCUUCUUCAUUUUAUCAUUUUAUCUGGUGCCAUCAAUCCUUCCAAACUAAUGAGUCUCUUAGGAUGGCUUUCUUGGUUUAGUGUUCUGGGUGUAUUGCACAUGUUAACAUGUGUUGCAUCUUCUCGUUGUAACCAAAUAUCUGCCUCAGGUUCCGUAAAUACUCGUCAAUGGGUGCGAAUAUACAGUAUGCUUUUAGUCGUUUCUACGUUGAAUUGGUAUUUACUGAAAGCUGGUUUGGAAAACUGCUUCAUAUUAGCUGAUAUAGAUGUUGAAACAAAUGGCGACUUCAUGGAUGUUUACUCUCGGAGUUCAUUUUUAACUGGGCUCAAAACACCAACUGUAUUGGGUGCAUUAAAAGCGAAAAUAACAGGAAAAAAAGAACUUUUAUAUGAUGCCGUCGACGUGGUUGCGUUGCUGAUAUCUGAAUUUGUUCUUUUAAUGUGCACAAUCUUCCAUCUUUUCUUUGGAUUACUCAUUCAAGCCUAUGAUCGCUGGUGUUUAUACAAAGGACAAAGCUGGAGAUAUCAAUCAACGGUCACGUAUUAUUAUGAGCUCAUUUUUACGUGUAUAUAUCGCCUAAUAGAGAUUGCACACUUCUUACAUCUUUUGUUGUGGAGCAGAGUAUUUUCUAUUGCAAGUCUUGUCGUUUUCUUGCAUAUACGUGUAUCUUAUUCGAAUUUGGCGAAUAGUAUAUCUCGUCACUUGGCACAGAGGCGGCUCAUGAAAUAUAUUAAUGAAAACUACCAGGCUUGCAGGACAAAUAGAUCCAUGUCCAAAGAUACGGAUACGCAUAUUAAAACUGACAGUAAGGAUUCACACGUGUUUUCACAUGACUCUGAAAAUGAUUCUGCACUUGUAUGUGCAAUAUGUUGGGAGAUUAUGACAAAUUGGAGGCGAUUACCAUGCCGUCAUGACUUCCAUGAACACUGCCUUCGUGCUUGGCUCGAACAGAAUCCAAGUUGUCCCACUUGCAGACAUGAUUUAGGCAUACCUCCUGUACUUCUUUACAACCAUCAAAGAACACAGAGAACAGAAAAUGUCGCACUUGGUAUGCUUGUUCGAAAUUUGUUCAAUAACAUUGGAAAUGAAGGUGUAGCCAAUCAAAAUCGUAAUGGAAUCAAUAAUGUACAGCCAAUAGUAACACCCAAUACUGCCAUUCAACCAAACCAAGUGUCUGGGAUUACCAGAAUGUUUGCUACAGCCAUUGGGUUGAACCUUGGGUUGAGUAUUGGUGCUGCUCCGGUGGUUGCCGCAGCAGCACAAGCAGCUGCCAUGAAUGCUUUACCUCGUGAAUCAGGUACUCUUAAUUCUCCCUCUGGUGGCGCUAGCACUCAGGUAGAAGAGGUUUCGAAUGUCCCCUCACAAAGUGUAGAUAGUUCAACUGCUCAAGAAGAGACACAUUUUAAUAAUCAAGAAAUUCAACCAACCGCCACAGGAAAUGAUGCUGGAGAUCAGGUUAGACGAAGAUCUUUUCACUUUGAUGGAUCACGGUAUUUCUCUUGGUUACCGUCUCUACAUGUUGAAUUAUCGGAGGUAUUUCGUGAGGUUUUCCAUGUCGGCGGAUUUCAAAGUUUUGGAAAUAUUCAACCCAGUAAUAUAGCCAAUGAAAUGAAUAAUCAGCAGACUAUGGGCAUCAAUGAUACAAAUGUUCGUGCCUCCCAGGCGAAUGAUAUUAAUGAUCUGAAUGCAUUGCCAGUUUCUUUACGUAUUGCUGUCGAACAACUGACUAAUAUGUUUCCACAAUUCCCUCGUUCUGUGAUAAUUGGUGAACUCUUAGCCACUGGUGUUCCAGAUUUAGCUGCAGAAAAUUUAAUUGCACGACCACCACCAAUCAUUUCAGCUUCAAGUUCUAUUAAUUUAUUCUCUACUCCAAUUAUCACUUCCGCUGCUCCAUCUACUGCAACCACUACUGAAUAUCAAAAUAAUAAUUCACUGGGUUCAGUAAGUGGAAGUAAUCGUGAUGAUGUCACUAAUCAGCCUAUAUCUAGUUCCGCUUUAUCAUCAAAUGAAUUACUUGAAACAACAGAUGAAGAGGAAGAAGGAAGUAGAAAUUUAUCUUUUGCUGCUAGACGUAAAUUAAUGUUAUCUAAAGCUAGAAGACGUUUCUUGGCUAAAUAUGAUAAUAACUAAUACUUCUCUGUUGGUUUAUCUUUUCUGCACAUUCGUGAUUAUCUUGGUCAGAUAUCGUUGUUGUUGUUGUUGUUUUAAAUCAUCCUCACUAUCACUACUACUACUACUACUAUUGUUACUAUAAAUACCACUAUUAACAUUGCCUGAAAUUAUUAUUAUUAUUAUGACUAUUGUUACUCCCACUGUUACUAUUCCUAUCGAUUUCACUCAGCACUUAUUUAGCCUUCCUUCUAUUUUGUAUUCACUAUCAUCACUCUAUCACCAUUGUUAUUUAACAAUGCCUUUGUUGUCCAACCACUGCCAUUAUUAUCAGUAUUAUUAACCUCUUACUUUUCAGGUGUAUUUACAUUUGUAUGUAUACCUGCACCUCACUGCACUUUGUAUUUAAAAAAAAUGUUGUGAGGAAAUAAAAGCACUAGUCUAGUUC